UGUCGUGCAGUCUGGCUGGCGGUCAGCUGACAGAUCCGUGUCGCCUGUGAUGUUUACCUUCGUUGUUUAGCGCGUUUACCUGCGUUUUUGUUUUUGUUUUUGAAUGAAUGCAGCGCUAUGCUUCGCCACGGAGAACCAUGGUAGUCGUGAACUCGGUGCUCAAGCUCGUACAGCGGCAGACGUACACCUGUCUGUCCCAUCGCUACGGGCUCUACCUCUGCUUUGGGGGGAUAGUCCUCAUGAUAGUUUCCGCCUUUCAGUUCGGAGAGGUGGUGGUAGAGUGGAGUCGAGACCAGUAUCAUGUGCUGUUUGACUCCUACAGAGACAAUGUGGGUGGAAAGUCCUUCCAAAGCAGGCUCUGUCUGCCCAUGCCUAUUGAUGUGGUGUACACAUGGGUGAAUGGCACAGACACGGCUCUGCUGAAGGAACUGAAGGCGGUUAAAGAGCAACUGGAGGAGGAACAGAGAGCUCUGAGGGAACGCCUGGGGAAAAAUGCAAGUGAGACCACGGAAGUGCCAAAAGACAGUCUUAAGCCAGAAUGCCUGCUGUCCCACUGCAUUAUAGCACCCAUGCUGGCCCUGGACCCCGCUCUGCCAGCCAACGUUACACUCAAAGAGCUGCCCCUGCUCUCGCCCUCCUUCUCUGCUGCCAAAGAGCUGCUGCUGAUGAACAAGCCCUUCCACCCGUCCACCGCCGUCUCUGUGGUCGUCUUCCAUUCGCAGGCCGACGCUGAUAAAGCCUAUACAGAUGUGUCUAGAGAAGAUCAGAAGUUCUCUGUGUCCAGAUGUUACCUGACGACAGAUAAAGAGGCUCCAGGCCUGAUCCGCAUGCAGGCUCUGGCCUAUCUGAGCGGCUUCCCGGCAUCCUUCAAGGAGACGGAGCAGCUGAGAGUGAAGAUGCCCUCCGUCAUAACCAACAAGAUCAAGCAGUUUGAGUUGUACUCUGAGGCAAGCAUCGCCCUGCUCCACCUGAAAACCCCGCAGGACUUCUCUGAUCUGACGCAGCAGGCUAAAAAGAACCUGACCCUGGAUGGGAAAGAGCUAACCAUCAGCCCCGGCUACUUGUUCUGGGACCUCACCGCCAUCUCACAGUCCAAACAGGAUGAAGAUGUUUCAGCCAGCAGAUUCGAGGACAACGAGGAGCUCCGCUAUUCGCUGCGCUCAGUGGAGAGACACGCUCCCUGGGUGCGACACAUCUUCGUCGUCACUAAUGGGCAGAUUCCCUCCUGGCUCAACCUAGAUAACCCCAGAGUUACUGUUGUCACACAUCAGGACAUCUUCCUGAACCACAGCCACCUUCCCACCUUCAGCUCCCCGGCUAUAGAGACCCACAUCCACCGCAUCCCAGGUCUCUCCCAGAAGUUCAUUUACCUAAAUGAUGACGUGAUGUUUGGCAAGGACGUCUGGCCGGACGACUUCUACAGCCACUCGAAAGGACAGAAGGUGUAUCUCACCUGGCCUGUUCCCAACUGUGCUGAGGGCUGCCCAGGAUCCUGGAUCAAAGAUGGGUACUGUGACAAAGCUUGCAACAACUCUGCGUGUGACUGGGAUGGAGGAGACUGCCUGGGUGCAGCCGGGAACAGUCGUUUUGCUGCAGGGGUUGGUGUUGGCCGGCACGGAGGAGCCGGUGGACAGGUGUGGCAGUUUGCAGGUGGUAUGGCAGGUCUUGGGGGGACGACCUACUGUAAUCAAGGCUGUGCCAACUCCUGGUUGGCAGACAAGUUCUGCGACCAAGCCUGCAAUGUACUUUCGUGUGGCUUUGAUGUGGGCGACUGUGGCCAAGAGCACUUUGGCGAGCUACACCGUGUGACCCUGCUCAGGAACGAGAGCCUCUACACCCUCCCCCUGGGGGAGGUCAGGCCAUAUUUCAGCUUCAAAAGACUUGCUCGCAGAGUCUCCGAGGCCCACGUCAGCGACGACCCGGUGGUUCGUCACACCUCCGUUGCCAACAAAUGGAAGACCAUUCACUUGCUUCUUUAUCCCGGCCACAACGCCACCCAGAUCCAGUACAACCUCACUUUCCAAAGAGAAGACGACACGGAGUUCACAAUGAGCUUCAGCGUAGCCGUCGACACCCGUGAGGUUCCUCAGGCUAACGUGUCCAGGACUGCAAGCAAAGACACCGGCAAAGAGCCAAAGCCGACCCCGACUCCCGAGCCAGUGUUCCCUUUCUCAGAUGUUCCUGAAGACAAACGUGGUCCUAAGAUCCAGAAGAGGCAGCCUGGUGAACCUCAGGUUGUCAUAGAGGUUCCUUCGCUGAAUGUGUCACUCUUACCAGCCGCUGUACGCAGUGAGCUGCAGAAGCUGGAGGAGAAGCUUCUGACUGGCGACAUUACUUUGAAGGGUUAUAAUCUCACAAAGGCCGAACUUCUCAAACCUUACAGCGCACUGGCUAAAAAGCAGCAGGUCAUCCCUUUACAGGCAGCUAAUGAGGGUGCAGCCAAGGUCCAGGGGAAGCCCUAUAAAGACUUGGAGGGAGAGCACCCAGAGUUAAAACCACCCAUGGCAGAGAAAGGUGGAAAUAUGAUUCAGAAAAAUCAAAACUCAAAAGAAGAAAUGUCCAGGAAAGAUGCGGCUGUGCAAGAAACACCGGUCACUCCUCUCAUCCCAGUCCAUAUUGAUGAUAAGCAUAAGAAAGAAUUUGAAACACCUGGACCUUAUCCUCUGAAUACUGCCAUUGAGAGGCCUAUGACUUCCAAACUGCUAAACAGCAUUUCCAAAUUCAGAAGCACUGAGAGUCAGGCAGAGCCGGCCAACGCUGCAGGAGGAGCUCCAGUUGGGAGGAGACUCCAACACUUCACCUCUUCAGACAGAGGUUUUCUGCCAUGGGAGAGGAGGAAGUACUUUCAGGAACUGCUUGAGGAAGAGGAACGUCUCCAGAAAGAGCUGAAGUAUGAGACCGAUGGUGGCGCCACCGGCCGAAGGCUGCGGGACACUUUUGCUGACUCCCUUCGCUACGUCAACAAGCUGCUCAACAGUCAGUUUGGCUUCACAUCCCGCAAAGUCCCCGCACAUAUGCCUCACAUGAUUGACCGACUCAUCAUGCAGGAGCUGCAGGACACAUUCCCAGAGGAGUUUGACACGACGUCAGCCCACCGUGUACGUCACUCAGAAGACAUGCAGUUUGCCUUUUCGUAUUUCUACUUCCUGAUGAGCGCUCAGCAGCAGCUCAACGUCUCUGAGGUGUUUGAUGAGAUCGACACCGACCAUUCGGGCGUUCUUUCGGACCGAGAGAUUCGAACUCUCGCCACAAGGAUCCACGAGCUGCCCCUCAGCCUUCAGGAUCUGACAGGCCUGGAGCAGAUGUUGAUAAACUGCUCCAAGACUCUCCCGACUAACCUGACCCAGCUCCACUUGGUGAACCCCACUCAGGAGACCUACUAUGACCCCAGCAUGCCUCCUGUUACAAAAGGCCUUGUCCUCCACUGCAAGCCAAUCACAGAGCGCAUCCUCAAAGCCUUCAAAGACCAGAAUAAGUACAAGUUCGAGAUCAUGGGAGAGGAGGACAUAGCUUUCAAGAUGGUGCGAACCAACGUGUCGCAUGUGGUCGGCCAGUUAGAUGACAUUAGGAAGAAUCCGAGGAAGUUCAUCUGUCUGAAUGAUAACAUCGACCACAGCCACAAGGACGCUCCCACAGUGAAAGCUGUGCUCAGAGACUUCUAUGAGUCCAUGUUCCCGCUUCCGUCCCAGUUUGAGCUGCCCAGAGAGUAUCGCAACAGGUUCCUGCAUAUGGAGGAGCUCCAGGAAUGGCGGGUGUAUCGGGACAAGCUGAAGUUCUGGACGCACUGUGUCCUCGUGACGCUUGUGGUCUUCACCGUCAUGUCCUUCUUUGCCGAACAGCUGAUUCUGCUGAAGCGAAAGCUGUUCCCCAGACGCAGAGUGAACAGGGACGGCAACCCUGAGCGGGUGUGAUAGAGGACGACUUCCCUCUCUUCUCCUUUCUGCACUUCAACCUCCGCCCCUCCUCUCCUGCUCAGUAGAGGGUAACAGGACAGGAACUAGACCAGGGGACUGGGAGGAAACAGGCAUCUAAAGGUCCUCGGCGUUUGUGUUGCAUCAGCACGGACCGAUAAUAGAGACUUGUGAGAUGGCGAUGAAACAUUUUUCAGAAGAUGAUGGAUGGGGCUGGCCGGUGAAGGGAAUAACAGCCAGAAAGAAGAAGGCCGUACAUCCUCUUUUCCUCCACUGGAGGCAUCCGAGACUUUCAGACAACACACUAGCAAACAUCAAACACUCCCUACACACUGUACCACCCUUCUCAUGUCCUGUCCUCCCUGUGUCAUUGAUUGAUGUGGUGUUAAAGUGUGAAACACUUGAUAGCAGCAGGUCAGGACUCAUUGUCUGUUUCAUAUAUACAUGUGUGUGUGUGUGUGCGUAUGUGUGUUGUGUGCGUGUGCGUAUGUGUGUGUUUUACCAUAAAAUUCACAAACUGUUGUGUUUCGAGCUGAAAUGAGUAGUCAAUCGAUUGACAGAAAAAUAAUCUGCAGCUAUCUCGAAAAUUGAUUAAUCGUUUACACUUUUCAGGUAAAAAUGCCAAACAUUUGCUGGUACUUCUUAAAUGCUUAAAUGCUAGUAUUUUCCCGCUUUUCUCUGUUAUAGCAUCAUAACUUGAGUGUCUUUAGGUUACAGACAGUUGGUCGAAAAAAAACAAGACAUUUGGAGAUGUCACCUUGGGCAUUUUUCACAAUUUUAUAGACAAAAUGAUUAAUUGAAAAAAUAGUCAGCAGAUGAAAAAAAAAAACUGUUAAAAAAAACUCACAACCCUGGUUGUGUUUGGUUUUUACCCCUAUGGCUUCAUUUUAAAGUAAUGGAGCAAAAAGUAGGAUGAAUAGGAAUAAUUCAUUUAAGUGUUGGCUGCUGUCUUCGUCCAUUGUCUUUAAAAAAACAUGAAAACUUGAAGUGCCUUCAUUGUUCAUUCCUGCUUGUUUGAACACUUUUUGUUUUGUUUUUUUUAAAAAUGUCUUCUUAAAAAUGUUGGCCCAUGCACAUCACACCCUAACCUCGUGAUUUACAAUGAGAAUGAAUAGGACGUAGAUGAAAACGAUUAUCAUUCUUACCGCGGUACAAAUGAACUUGAUUGUCGGAGCUACAUGUAAGUGAUACUACAGCUUUCAUGGCCACCUGUAUGUGUGUCCCCGUGGGACUCGACAGGAUCGCUGCUGUCUGAAAUUCAGACCCCCUCAGCAUGUUCUAUAACUUAUUUUGAUUGUAAUGUUGUGACAGUGAGCCAAGUGGCUGAUGCAUCUGAUUUGACUGUCACCGCCUCAUAAAAUGCCUGUCACCUGUUCAAGCUAUUUUCCUCCGAAUAUCAGUUUUACAAAGUUCUUUAUUAUAAUUUCAAACUGACACGGGACUGACGCCUAGAUGCCGUCGGCAUUCUGCUGCGGCCUCAAAGUCACAUGACGUUCAGCGUGAUGUCAACCGGAGAGGUAGGCGAGACGACGUGUAACAUUUUUGGAAAUGGGAUUUCCUCAGACUACAUAGGCUCAUGGGUUCCUCUGACGGAAAUAAAUGUGAUUUGGUUCAGUCAUCUUGGUUUCGUUUUUGUCAUGUAUGUGUGAUGUGUCGAUGUAGCAUAGUACAUAGUUAUACUGUAGUAUGUACUAAUAUAGCACUCACAGGGGCCAUUCUUGUGCAGAACAAGUACUUUUACUUUUGAUAUUUUAUGUAGAUUUUGCUGGUUCUUCUGUUCUUUUACUUAUGCAAAAUACUGAGUGCAGAAC